GUUGCUCUUCGUGAAUGCAUGGCAGCUGUGGACUUAUUUCUGAAUAACAAAUUUCAAGAUGCCCUUGUUUCUCUACAAACAAAAACAAAGGACAGUAUGUAUCAUGCACUGACUUACGCCACCAUAUUGGAAAUGCAAGCCAUGAUGACCUUUGACUCUCAGGACAUUCUGAAUGCUGGGAACACAAUGAAAGAGGCUCAAGCUGUGUGUCAGAAGUUCCGGAAAAAAUCCACUGUAGCAGAUUCUUUCAACAACUUAGUGCACAGACACAACCUUGAGCAAUUAACUGAAGAGGAAAUUCAUGCAGAAAUUUGUUAUGCUGAGUGCUUGCUUCAGAGAGCUGCUCUUACAUUCCUCCAGGUAAGAACUUUGUUUCUGGAACACUAUUGUAAAUGCAGUGCUGGAAAUGUGAGACAGUGAAUGUUCUGAAUUGGAGAUGAAAACAUGAUUAGCUUUGUCAAAGGCAGCAUCAAAAUCAGAACCAGUUAUCAAACAUACAGGGAGCUGGAAAGCCUAAUACAUUCUUCCAACUAUGUCAAAGGAGAAAAUCACCCCCAUUUUGAAGGUGGUGUCAAGCUGGGAGUUGGAGCAUUUAAUAUGACUUUAUCCAUGCUACCAACAAGGAUUGUAAGAUUACUAGAGAUUGUUGGGUUUUCAGGAAAUAAGGAACAUGGUCUGCAGCAGCUUCAAGAGGGAGCAUCAAUGUACAGUUUUAGAUCCGUGCUGUGUACUAUGCUACUUCUCUGCUAUCACACCUUCCUCAGUUUUGUGCUAGGGACAGGAAAAGCAAAUGUUGAAGAAGCAGAGAAACUUCUCAAGCCUUACUUGACUCGAUAUCCAAAAGGAGCCAUAUUCCUAUUUUUUGCAGGGAGAAUAGAAUCAAUAAGAGGCAAUAUUGAUGGAGCCAUCGCUAGGUUCGAGGAAUGUUGUGAUGCCCAGCAGAUUUGGAAGCAGUUCCAUCAUAUGUGUUACUGGGAGCUGAUGUGGUGCUUCACAUACAAACGUCAGUGGAAGAUGGCGUACUUCUAUGCAGACCUGCUCAGCAAAGAGAACACCUGGUCAAAGGCUACAUACAUGUAUAUGAAAGCAGCCUAUCUCUGCAUGUUUGGACCAGAGGAACAUAAACCCUUUGGGGAUGAUGAAAUUGCACUUUUUAGGUAA